UCCAAUGCACUCUGCACCGACGAUGCUACUUUAAGGUGACUGUCCCUCUCCCUCCAUUGGAGCACCCGCGGUUGUACACUCACUUCGCAAGGAGGUUUGAGUAUUAAGUGACAUGAAGUAAGUAAAGUGACCCUGGUUGGUGCUUAAUAAAAAGUACUAUUAUCCACAUAAAAGAGACGCAGGUUGCUGCGGGGAAGGGGAGGAGAGUUCUCGAGCUACUGAGGGAUGGGUCUCCCCGAGCUGACGAGGAGGCGUCCGAGAGUCAACCUGUGAUGGAGGGUGAAGCCGAAUACAUCCUCCCUACCGAAACAAAAUAUGUUGGGGAAAUGAAGGACGGCAUGUUUCAUGGCCAAGGAACCUUGUACUUCCCCAGUGGGAGCCGAUACGAUGCCAUUUGGGAGAAAGGAUUGGUUGUAAAGGGCACGUACACCUUCUCAGACGGGCUGCAGUAUGAUACUGAGAACUGGCAUUACUGUGACAGCUACGAUCGGAGGUUUUACACUGAGAUCUGCUAUGGCUUGAAGCCCACAGGUAUCUCUCAACUCACCAAUAUGGACCCGCCUAGAAAAAUCCCUCCAGGCUGUUAUGACUGCGGAGACGGCUUCUAUAACCCGACCACGAGGAUUGUCAAGGACUAUAAGAAUCGCUUUCUGAGAAAUGCAGACGAUGACGAGCACGAGUGGAUCAUCAGGACGUGUCGGAAGGGCUGGGACGAGACCAUGGGUCCUAAGCCCAGGCCGUGAGUGCUAAGCCCCCUCCUUGGUCACGAGCUUCCUUCUGUGCCCCUGGCAUUGGCUGGCCCAGGGGGCAGGCUGUAGUUUUAGAACCUGACUUUUGACUCAGGAAUAAAAGCUCUCUGCCAUCAGUG